AAUAACAUUUCUGCUGUAUUUGGAAAGAAUCUUAAAAUUUGGGAUAUUGAGUAUUAUUUUGAAUUUAAUGAAUAUCCUAGAACCUCAGAAAUAGGUGUAGCAACUGUUUAUAAUAUUGAUGGUUGGGAUAUUAGUAAAAUAAAGAAUAUUUUCAAAUUAAGGAAUGUGCAAUAUUCAUUGGGAGAUCCUAGAAAAAUGUCAAGUCUUGAAGUUCCUUGCGCCCAUGAUUUAGAAUCAGGUGCAAAUAAUUCUGGUUUCGUCAAUUUUGAAAUGAUGAAG